AUGGAUUCUCUUUUGGCCACGACCAAUCUUACAAGAACUACAAAUGGUGCCCUGGCUCACGUCUCGACCCUGGAUUCCUGCUUGGAUCUGCACUACCAGCUUGGAGGAGAAGACUGGAACUUGGAAACCAUGUUCAACCUUCUUGAACAGGCAUGGUCCCAGGAUCCUCUUUGUACACUUCGAAUCAUCUUCAGUGCGCGUUCAAUCCAUCGCGGAAAUGCCGCAAAGGAGAAAUUUUAUUUGGCCUUCGGUUGGUUAAUUACCCAUCAUCCUCAGACUGCCCUAGCCAACCUGCCAGUCUUGACAAAUGGGACAGUAUUUGUACCACAUGUAUCUAAGAAGGAUUCUAGUGCUAAGAAAGAUGGCUGGGAUAUCGUAGAAGAGAGACCAGAAGAGAAAAAGAAACACUUGAAGGGUCAGUCCAAGUCGCACGGCUAUUGGAAAGAUUUGUCAAACCUUCUUAGCAUUUACGCGACUGGUGAAAUUAAUGGCCCUGUACUUUCUGGAAAAUACAAGGCCCUCUAUCAACGAGCCAAAGAAGUCGAGGAAGCCCAGAAAGCGAGCACUGAGAAAGCCCGUCAAGAGCGCCGCCAGGCACGUAAAUUCAGGCAAGAGCGAGUCAUUAGUUUUCUGGAGAACGAUCCAAAGUACCGCGCUUUACACUUUUCGGUGGCCAGGCAGUUUGCAGAACAGUUGAAGAAAGAUUAUGAGACUCUCCAGGACCUUAAAGACGAGCCUAAGCGAUACAAGUACGCUAUAUCUGAUAAAUUGAGCCUAGCUGCGAAAUGGGCCCCUACCCUCCAGAGAUCCCAUGACAGAAACACUCUACUUGCCACUAGUAUUUCCGAGCUCCUAUUUCCUCCCGAGACUUACCAAAAGGAGGGCGAAUCCCGCGAGUAUUAUCUAAACAAAGUCCGUGAGUUGUAUCGCAAGCAGUACCUUGGUCCUCUUCGAGAAGCAUUGCAGGUCACUGAGCGCAAGAUGCAGGCCGGCCAGUGGGACGCCAUUGACUUUAGCCACGUUCCUUCUGUCUGCAUGCAAAACAAUUCUGGCCGUUUCUUUAAGCAUACCCCGGAGAAAUUUACAGAGUAUAUUGAGCAAGUGGCUUUGGGAAAUAAAUCGAUUAGCGGAGCUACCUUGUCUCCACACGAGUUAGCCAAACGUGCUUAUUAUACCUGCAAUAAAUCCGAUCCUUUUGAAGAAAAGCUGCCGAGUUUCCUCAAAGGAAUCGCUGACCCAGAGGUGCUGGAAAAGGCCAAGGCGGUAGAGAGAUCGAUGUUGAAUUCUCAGUGGAAUACCCUGGUUCAGUCUAUCCGAAAUGUGGCUGGGGAUGGAAAUGCAAAUCUGGGAUCCUCUAUUGCUAUCUGCGAUCUGUCUGGUUCGAUGUACGGAAAGUUUUCCAACGGUGUUGUCCCUAUCUGGUGCUCUAUAGGCCUGAGCUUAAUUCUGGCUACUCUGGCUGCACCCCCUUUUGACGGAGCCAUCAUUACAUUUUCAGAAGAGCCUACUGUAGUCAAGAUCGAUCAUUCCAAGACGUUUGUGGAUCAAAUCAGCGAUCUCAUGGCGGCACCUAUGGGAUACUCAACAAACUUUGAAGCAAUCUUUGUUGACCUCCUGUUACCUAUGGCUAAGAAGAACAAGAUCUCUCAAAAGGAUAUGGUGAAGCGACUGUUCGUGUUCUCUGAUAUGCAGUUUGACGAGACCGAGGAUAGAACCAAGUACAACACUAUGUAUCAGACUAUCGAAGAGAAAUAUAAAGAAGCCGGAUAUGAUGUGCCUGAGCUUGUGUGGUGGAAUCUUGGCGGUACUAAAGAAGACCCUAUUAAACAAAUGUGGUAUCACAAUAGCGUUCUCGGCUGGUCCGAUGAUGAUAAUGAUGAAGAGGUGGCUACACCACUCCCGGUAACUGCAGACGUCAAGGGCUGUACAAUGGUUUGUGGAUUUUCUGCGUCAAUCCUAAAGAAUUUCAUUGAAGGCGAGGAGGAUGUAGAUGGGGAAGAGGCCUUGGAAGGGAAAGAAAAGAAGGAGCCUACGACCCCAGUUGAGAAUAUGCUAAAGCACGUCAGCCAUAAAAGCUUCAGUAGCUUAGUUGUUAUUGAUUAA